AGAGCGCUGCUGCUACAUGUGAACAGGGCGGAGCUGAAGGUCCUCACUGUACUCAAGGACAUUUGCUCUCUAACAGCUGUGUCGUCUUUCAAAAUACACAGCAACAAGUAUGAGACUCAAGUCCCCCAUAUAAAAAACGUGGAGGUCACCUCCGCUCUUCUCAUUAUGACAUGAGUUCACCAUCACAGGACCGAAUCCGGCUUCACUCCCAGCGUAUGAGCAUCACACAUAUGAAAACCGCGCGUUUUGGCAGCUCGAGAUAAAGCCCCAUAUGACGCAGCAGGGCUCUCCACGGCACUGAUGCCAUAUUAAAGCCCGCCGCCCUCCACCCACACCAUCAAUCUGAUGUGGAGAUCGAAGAUAGGAGGGCUCACAUGACUCCACUCCAGACUGGAAGACGAGGAGAAGUGUGGCAUCUUCCAGCAUCAGCACUGCCACAGCUGGCGCAGCUCAUCCAUGCGUUCACCCGAUAACGGCGGACAGUAAGAGGAAAUAUUCACGCUUUUCCCUGGAUUUGGAGCAGAGUCUGCGGAUGAGCAACGAUGGGGGAAUGGACCAUACUAGAGAGGCUCUUGGAGGCUGCUGUCCAGCAGCACUCCACUAUGAUCGGAAGGAUCCUGCUCACUGUGGUGGUGAUCUUCCGGAUCCUGAUCGUGGCUAUAGUGGGGGAGACAGUGUAUGAUGACGAGCAGACCAUGUUUGUCUGUAACGCCUUACAGCCGGGCUGCAACCAGGCGUGCUACGAUAAAGCAUUCCCUAUAUCGCACAUCAGAUAUUGGGUUUUCCAGAUCAUAAUGGUCUGCACGCCGAGUCUGUGCUUCAUCACGUACUCGGUGCAUCAGUCGGCCAAGCAGAAGGAGCGACGUUACUCCACCGCCACCGUCCUCCUCACGCUGGAUAAUAAGGAGCAGGAUUCCCUGAAACGAGAGGAGGCCAAGAACCAAAAGAUCAAGAACACCAUCAUGAACGGAGUACUGCAGAACACGGAGAACUCCACCAAAGAAGCCGAGCCCGACUGCCUGGAGGCCAAAGAGCUGGCCAGCUCGGGCACGAAACCGGCCAAGUCCAAAAUGCGGCGGCAGGAGGGCAUUUCCAGGUUUUACAUCAUUCAGGUGGUGUUCAGAAACGCUCUGGAAAUCGGCUUUCUGGUGGGCCAGUAUUUCUUGUACGGAUUCAACGUGCCCGCCGUGUACGAGUGCGAUCGAUACCCGUGCAUCAAAGAGGUGGAGUGUUACGUGUCCCGACCCACGGAGAAAACCGUGUUCCUCGUCUUCAUGUUCGCGGUGAGUGGCUUUUGCGUGGUCCUCAAUCUGGCCGAGCUCAAUCACUUGGGCUGGAGGAAGAUCAAAACGGCCGUGAGGGGCGUUCGGGCCCGCAGGAAGUCCAUCUACGAGAUCCGGAACAAGGAUUUGCCCCGGAUGAGUAUGCCCAAUUUCGGCCGCACUCAGUCCAGUGACUCCGCCUACGUGUAACGGGUGCGGAACGCCAAACCCGAAGCCCGCUCGCCGCCGGUGGACGAGUCCCGUCGCCACGUAAGGUUCAUGAAUUGCAAGAACACGGGGUAGGACUUUUUUGUUACUGUUUUAAAGACUCCAUUGGCAACCGUGGACGACCAACACGUGUGUAAAGCGGUUCACUACUGUAUAAUGCAACUUUUUAGCAACGUUUGUACUCUGAGACGUACACAAAGAGCAAAUGCUGAUACCUGAAUGCGUAUUGCCUCUCUAGAAGCUGCGGUGACACUUGACAUGCCACUGUCCGUGUCGCACUCAAUGCAUGCUUAUAUGAUUCAUUUACAGUAAACUACAAAGCGGCUCCACGACAACUGCUGUGACACGAGCGCUGACAUGUGAAGUGUGACCGAACAAGCUGCUCUGCUGUACUUGAAGGGAGUAAAUGCGUCUUGCACUAAAAAGUGAACGUGAUGCUGACAUAAUAUCGCACAUCGGGAGAGUCUCGACAAACCAUUCAUGUAUCAAACACUAUCGCUUCUGCUACGGUUUCUUUUUCGUUUUUGGUUGCCUGUACUGCACCAUUGACCUUAACGUAGGCUGUGUGAUGAGCUCCAUUGCAAAUGUGCUGUCGUGUCCGUGUGUGUGUGUGUGUGUGUGUGUGUGUGUGUGUGUGUGAGCAGGGGUGAAUCUGCUGCAAACGCUUAAAGUCUGUGAUGAUGAUAAUUUCCUUAAUUUCAACACCAAAGCGCCCUCUGCUUUCAUUUGUGACGUGUUUUUUUCGCGCUUAAGUGUAAUCAAGUGCCAUACUUGUAUAUAAAUAUAUGCAUAUAUACAUAUAAAAUCUAUUCUGAAGAAUAUAACCAUAUCCAUAAAGCAGAUUUAUUGCUUGAAUUAUGCUUACUGCGUCCAGACUUGCUUUAGCUCUACUCGUUGUAAAUGAACUGAAAGUGGCAUAAUGCAUUCUUCCUCCUCUUUCAUUUCGAAAAACGGCCAGAUGGGAAUAAAGUGCUGGCCUUUUUCUACACAGGACACUGACCUUUUCUUGCCAACAAAUGACAGAACAAUGUUCCAGCAAUGUUUCGUGCUCCGGUGCUGGUUUUUCACCCAGCACUUCCAGCAAUAUUUGUAAGCUGAGUAGUUUGUUUUGGGAUUCGUGUACUGUAAAGUCGAAGAGCCCACGCCUGCUGUAUCUCUUCCACUCUCGACGACAAUGCAAGCGUGUCCGAGCAGGCGUGCGCGCUUUCGUUAUAAACUGGUUGAAGGCCUUGUCCAGACACAAAAUCCGCUGCAUUAUCGUUUAACGUCUGAUCAUUAAGAUGUCAUUUUGUUUCUCCUCUUUGAAUGGUUCUUUAUGAUUAUGCCACCAUAUAUUUAUGACAAGCAAAUGCGUGCACAGAGAGGAGACGUUCUCUGCAUUUCUGAGCUUGAAGGGAAAGUAUUGCAUGUUUAAGAACUUAUAUUCAAGAGAAUCUGGACCAUUUCAGGGGGACAUGAAAUCUAUGCGGCAUUUGCUCGAGUAUUGAUACGUCACCCCACCCCCCGUACGGGCGCUUGAGAACUGACAGGUCUUGAAGGUCACCGAGGAUAAAGAAGCGUUCGGGACGGGCCGUCUCGAAUCAAACCUGACGGGACGCCCCUUGGGAGGAUGGACAUUUGGUGUUAUGAGAAGGGGUGGGCGGUGGGGACGGGAACAAAAAAUUGGCUUGGCUGUACGGUGCAAUCUUCCCUUUUCUCUCAGUAUUUCCUCUCUCCUUGGAUAAGCAUUCCAGGACUCCUGAGAUUUUUACAACUUUGUGGUCCUUACUGAGAAACGAAAGACCAGAGCCGAAGGACUGUACUGGACCUGACAGAGCAAAGCUUUAAUAAAACAUGAACUCGUAUCUCUCUUGCCUUAUAUGUACUGCAGUCUCCCCUCCCUCCCUCUCUCCCUCUCCCUCUCUCUCUCCCCUCACCGCCUCUCAUUCUCUCCCGUGCAUUUUCUGCAAGAGCCAACCUGGUGUUUUUACAGCUCCUCCUAAAUGACAAAAUGAUUGGGUUAUGUAUGAAUGUAAUUCUGCAUGCUGUGAUGUGUCAUACAUCAUGUGAGAGGUUAGGCGAUGCGGUCGCAUUCACGUGUGCUGCAAACCCACAGGCGGAGAGACUCUUGAGAUGCAUUGUGCACGCUGAGAUGUCUCCACUGCAGUUUAAACCAACAAAAAAAUGUCUUGUUUGCAGGCCUGAGAUGACCAAACACAUUAGCAUGGGAUGCCAUUACUGCAGGUACACAAAUGAAGAGAUCUGUCAGUCCUUUUUUCUGUUUUCAGGAGGCGAUUCUCCCUGGAGCUUCAUCAUCCGAGAGCAAACGACGGUAUGAGCGUGUAAUGUCGCAGUACCUCAUAUACAUUGUAAUUUUAUCCUGAUCGAUUUGCAUAUUGAUAACAAGGGCCUUGCAUGUAGUGAACGCAGAAAACGCCGGGCUGUUCCUUUCUGAGCCUCCAGUCCUUGUGGUUUUGAGGAUGUGUAAACUGAAUGAAAUGAAGAUGGAUGAUAUACUGUGAAUUAAAUCCACUUCUUUACAAAGAUGGUGAUAUAAGUGA